GCUUGGAUGAAGAGACGCCUCAACAUCUUCCAUUUUUCGCAAGAAAGAAAGCAAGUUUUCAAGGUCCAGUUGGCUUUUCAGAAGCCCUACAUUGAGAAACUUUGCUUGAGCCCUCUAGCAAUGGCAACUUCUCUGUUCCAGCUCUCCGGAUUGUCCUGGGCUAUCUUGGGACUCUUGCUUGUAGCCACAGACUCUGCCACUUCUCUGACACUGAAACGUGCCCGCUUCAUUGCUGCACGGCGGGGUGCGACUAUUUCCUUCAGCUGCUCCUUUAACUCUCUGUCGAACUGGUACAAGGAAACCGAGAAUGGCAAGCGUGAGGAGGUGGUGAACAAUUCCAGAAUCCAGAUGUUCAGAAAUGACACAGUGAUGAUGAUGCAAAUCCGAAAACUUCAACAAGUGGACAGCGGCAUUUAUUCCUAUGAGAGAAACAAAUCAUACAAGGGUGGAAAAAUGGAGCAGCAGCACUGUGGCACCGAACUCAGAGUCAUGGGUGUCAGCACUUUUGAGCAAGUGCAAAGUCGGCACACUCUGAAAGAUGCCAUCAUUGUGGUUCAGACGCUUCUUCUUGUCUUAUUUCUGAGUAUGCCUCUGUUCCUAACCAUGAGGAAGGGUGAGAGCAAGGAAGCAUCUGCUGAAGACCACACUUAUGAGGGGCUGCAAGUCGAACUAGCUGAUACAUAUGAAGAUAUUACAACUUACCAGGACACUGCACAGAAGUGGGAUUUGGGAGAGCAUCCAUGUGAAGAGUGAAAGAUUUUGCAGCAUUUUCAGCAAGGUGGGCCACACCUCUCUUGACCGAUGAGGCAACCAUCCCUGUUGUGUGGCUACCAUCCAAAAGUGAGAAUUCUAUUUGAGGAAGACAUGAGUGGGAAUUAUAGUUGCUGCUUGGUUUCAGUGCUCUUGACACCUCUCAUUUAUGAUCUAGCAUUAGUUGAACAUCUAUACCCACAUGCACCAGAUUCGUUAGGAUUGUUGAUUAUAGACAUAUCCAACGAGGGAUCAGUCCUGAUCUGGAGGCCAUCUACUGUUGGUUCCUGAAAGUCUCC